AUGACAACCACAAACAACACCACCUCCACGAACCGAACGACCAGCCAAACCAUCUUGAUCUCCACCCUCCCCUCAGAAAUCUGGCUCGACAUCAUCUCCCUCAUCCCCUACACACCCCUCCAACUCCUGCACCUCCGUCUCCUAUCCCAACGCUUAAACGCCCUAAUAACAACCCACGAGAAAAGUCUAAUCCGACAUCUCCUCCGCCAGCAGAACGAAAACAAUAGUAACAGUCUACAAACCAACCUAUCACUCUUCCCAGACCUGAAAAUCAAAACCUAUCCCGACCUCCAUCGCCUACACACUCGGACCACGGGUUUUCGGAACCUGCAGAAUACCAUCACCGAGAUCGGCGAGAAGACCGAAGAGUUGGAAUGGCUGGCAGGCCGCUACGAACCCCUCCUCCAUACCGGCCUCCUCCUCCUCCACCGCCUCCAGGACAUCGAACCAUUAGCCGAACACCUCAAACACUUACCCUACCUCUCCCUCUCCCCACCCACCUCCACCUCCACCUCCACCUUGCUACCAAACCCAGCCUACUGCGCCAAAAUCGCCCUCCUGCAAUCCCUGCCCAAGACGAGUCUAGCCUGUCUACUCUUCAGCCUCGUGGCAGCGGUCAAGGUCUUGAGGGCGAAGGGUCCAGAGCCGAUAGGUCAGAGUUGGUGCAUGAGGGAUGCGGAGGAGAGGUCAGAAGUGGAGUUGGCAAUGGAGGAGUGUUUGCUUGAGCGUGGGCCGGCUGUGCUGGCUGGCUUGCUUGGGAUAGAGGGAGGUGCGGAGUUGGUGUGGGCUAAAAGGUACGGUCCCAUCCUCUCUAUCCUCGCCUCGCCUCGUAUUCGUUUCCCGAUCACUUAUUCUACAUCCGGCUCACCGCUGACUUCGGCCUAUUUUUUUUUAGGCUACUAA